CAAAAAGUUCAUAGAUGUUUUAUUAAAAAGUUAUAACAAAAAUAUGAAAUGUAAAACGAUAUAUACUCAUGCAUACAUUUCGAAGUAUCAUUCGCCUUUAUUAAUGCAAAGUUAAUAUCGAUGUGUUAUUGAAUUUACUAUAAACUGAAUUUCAUAACGAUUUUUUUUUUUACCUUGUUUUUUUUUAUUGUUUAAUUGUGAUUUUACAAUUUGUCCAGUGGAACAUUAGGUAAAAUGUUGUAUCUUAUAAAUACAUAGCAUGUGGAUGGUUACCCCCAGCGGGGUACCAUCUUCAUGUUUGUUAGGUUAUAUUCUCAUAACGAUUUUGUCUUACUUCUUCAUAGCGUACGUUUAUCCUCGUACAGUAGAAUCUGAUAGAAUCAUGCCUAAGAACAGUAAACAUGUACGUUAUACAUAUAUCAACGCGUUAAAGGAAGAUUAUUGACGUACAUAUUUUUGUUAUAAUUUUUUAAUAAAGCAUUUAUAGAUUUUUUACUAUAUGGCAUUUUAGUCUUACUUUUACCUAUUGAAUAUACCAAUAAAGUUUAUACACUAAAGUAAAAUACAGAACAUAGUAAGGCAUACAAGUCACACUCCUGACUUGAAGCUCCUUACUCCUUAGUGGACAAACUGACGUUCAUUAAUUUCUUAUCUCAUUAAGAGCUUUGUUCCCGUUAUGGGAAUUGCUAGACCUGUGUAUACUACCCUGCCCCUUACACGGCUUCCAUCCCCCCUCUUGCCAUCAUCCCUAUAAGACAAAGAGGGUUUAGAGAGAGAUCUCCGAUGAGAUUUCCCUCUUCUUCUAGCUCUCUCUUCAAACAGAAAACAAUACGCGGGAAGUGUUUGUAUUGGACCUGAGUCUAUAGCACGGUAUUAGCUAGCGUUUCUGUACCAUGGUAACGAUACUCGAGUGAGAAAAGACUCUCCAAGUUCCGAAACUCAGCUUGGACACCACUGGCGUGCAACAUCGAGCGCAAGCGUUUACGUACUCUUUGACAUAUGUUUCUCAAAUACGUAAAUAUGUAUGUACAUUUAUAGGCGUAAAUGAAUCUAUACUUACAUAUACAUAUAGAUUCGCGCAUAUUUAUAAUCAAGCGAUUCUUAAGCUUCGCUAAACCGAGCGCUUUUCAAUCGUUAUACUUCCAUACGGUUCUUCGAAUAUGUGAUAAUGAAUUUACUGUAGCGAAUUAAAUGUGCGAUGAAUAUAUGCAUAACGUAUGGAAAUUUUAUAGUUGCUGCGUUAAAAAUAAGGAAACUCUGUCGUUGUGGACGCGCAGCAGGAAAUAAGAGUCCCAAUGUAGUCGACAAUUCCAUUAAAUUUGUUAUAUACUACCUACUUCUAUUUUUUAUUUCGAUCGAUACCGAAGAGCGUAAUGUUUAAUUCUUGUUUUACGGGGCCAAAAGUAUAAAUUACUUUUACUUUGAUUUGAUUGAUGCGGAGAACUUGAAAUAUUAUUUUGCAAAAUUGAAAGUGGAGACAAUUUUUUAACCUUUAAUAUAACUUUUGUAUGAAAAUAAGCGAAAGAAUGAUUACGAUCAUUCAUUGCUUUAUAUAUUCGAAGAUUAAUUGUACACAAGUUGUAUUUUGUUCGUAGAAAAAAGAUUUUAUUUGUAAAAUAAAUUUACUUUGACGUUUUAAAGGCGAUAGCCAAAAAAUUUUUAUUAUAUGCUAUUAAAUACAUAUUUCUGAAACAGUUAAACAUUUUUAUCUUAUUCUAUUUUAUGUGGACAAAUGUGAAUGAGCCUUUACAGCAGAAGCAACAUGGGUCGAUGCGCAUGCGCAGUUAGAAUGAUAUGGUCUCUUCGCAUAUGAUGGCGACUGACAACUUUAAAACAAUGGAAGAAGAAAUAGUAGUAGAUGAUGUAGAUGAGAAUAGUAGCACGGAGAUUCCACAGUCAGAUGAUCCAACAACACCCGUUAUGCCUUUAUUAUACAUUCAACAAAGUAAAUUACGUUCGGCUCCACCAACAACCACAAAUCAGACUUUGGUUUCACCUAAUGCUACUCAAUUGGCUGCUAUUAUCAAUCCAGUCAAUAAUCAGAUUGUUACUGGACAGAACAAAGUGUUUAUACAAGGGCCAAGUCAGGUUACUACUUCUCAGAAUAAACAACAUAUUGUAAUCCAUCGGCCAAUUAAUACUGUCAGUACCACAACUACUUCGCAAGGACAGAAACAUAUAUUGCUUAGAAAGUCCAAUGCAUCUACUGCCCAGAUAGUGCCCUUAAGUACCUCUCAAGGAAAUCAAACCAAUGCACAAGCAGGCAAGCACACCUUUGCGUAUCUUGGGACUCUUAUUAAGCCGAAUAAAUCACGGGAAUCUGUUGUUAUUCCAGCAGGAGCUCUAACUACAACUCAGAUAGCUAAACCAAAAUUAGUGAUAGCACCAGUUAUAUCACAAUUAGCUCAAACUUCGACGAGUACUACUACAGGAUCUCAAAGUCAACCUCCGAAACACAUGGCUAAUUUAUUAUUACCAGUCAGCAUACCCCAACAGAGUGGACCUACUAAAUCCAGUAUGUUUAAUUUAAAAAUUAACAAUGGCCAAAUUAAUACAGAAAGUAAAGGAACUAUUACAGUAUUACGGGAGUCAAAAACUACAAAUUCAGCUACACAUCCACCUCCUUUGCAUCCUAUUGCAAAAAUGAGUUUACUAAACGCAAAUAAAGGAAAUAAUAAUUCUACAGAUAGUAUAAAAAUUACAGAGAAUCCAGAUUCCGCGGUUAUUACCCCUAUUCCGAAAAAAGACGACGCCGGUAUGCCUGAGAAGCGAAAAAAGACGAUAAGCAAUAUAUUAAGAGGAUCGAGUGAAAAACGAAUGAAAAAACAAAAUCUUCCAAAGUCUACUCAAGAGAGUAUAGUUGAUGUAAGCUAUGCACUAAGUAGUCCGGAAUCAGAACAAGAUAAGGAUAAGAAAGUGCAAAAUGAUGAUGACAUUACUUUGAUUAAAGUAGUUCCUAGUGAAGAUAAAACUGUGAAACUUACUACUAAUACUAAUGUCGACGAUGAUAUAAAAAUCGAAAUUAUUAAAACACGCACAAGCUGUGGCAUUGAAUCAUUAACAGACAAUAAAAAUGAUACUAAGAUUAAUAUAAGUAAUCAUGAAGACUUGAAAGAUCAUUUAAAUGCAACACAUAACGAUUCCAAUUUCGAUGCGGCGAAAGUUUUAGAUUGGAAAGACGGUGUUGGUACUCUUCCAGGAAGUACAUUAAAGUUUUGUAUGAAUGAAUUUGGUAUUAUGGAAGUAGUAGAUGAAGACGAAAAUAACAAACAAGGUAAAGAUUGCAUUGGCGAUAAAGAGAAUGUUUGUUCGACACAGAAUUCUUCCAAGUCUACCCCUGUAACUGUUAAUAAUAUAAACAACGAAAAGAAACCCGAUGAUAGAAAAUCGAGGACUGUUUCGGCGGAUACAAUGUACCAUUGUGAAGGCUGUGGAUGUUACGGACUAGCUGCAGAAUUUGAAAGUCCGAUAUCGUGUGGUCCAUCAUGUACGGAAAUAAUAGAAGCCAAGAAACAGCCUCCGAUGCGAAAAGAAAAAGACUUGAAAGAUCUACGCGCGAAACGGAAACGUAAAAGAUUACUUCAAGAACAGCAACAAUCUAAAGAAAUAGAAGAGAAAUCCGAAGAUAAAGGACAAGAGAAGGUGAAGUCUGAAACAGACGAGGAUACAAAGGAUACUAUUACAGGAAUGGAUGAAGAGAGUCAAGGAGAUAACACUGAAUCGAAGUAUCCUUGGCAGACAGGGAAACUCGGAUUUUCAUGGUCUAAGUAUCUUGAACAUUGUAAAGCAAAAGCAGCACCCGUUAAAUUAUUCAAAGACCCCUUCCCUUACGCAAAAAAUCAUUUCAAAGUUGGAAUGAAAUUAGAAGGAAUAGAUCCUGAACACCCGUCACGAUAUUGUGUUCUUACGGUUGUUGAAGUAGUAGGUUAUCGAAUACGUUUGCAUUUUGAUGGAUAUGCAGAAAAUUACGAUUUUUGGGUAAACGCAGACAGUAUGGACAUCUUCCCGGUUGGCUGGUCGGAAAAGAAUGGACAUCGAUUAGAUCCACCGAAAGGUUACGUAGCUAGUAAUUUUAAUUGGAACGCAUAUCUAAAAAUUUGCAAAGCUACUGCAACGCCAAAAAAUAUUUUUUCUAAUAAAAGUUCAGUAUGCCCAACUGGUUUCCGCGUAGGAAUGAAAUUAGAAGCGGUAGAUAGGAAGCAUUCUUCUUUGGUUUGUGUAGCUAGCAUAGCAGGCCUAAUGGAUUCCCGUAUAUUAGUUCAUUUUGAUUCUUGGGAUGAAGUGUAUGAUUAUUGGGCGGAUGCAAGUUCUCCAUACAUUCAUCCAGUGGGAUGGUGUCAUCAUAAUGGUCAUAGUCUAACGCCACCAAAUAAUUAUAAAGACCCUAAAUCUUUCACAUGGGAUGCGUAUCUCAGGGAAAGCCGUUCCAUGGUCGCGCCAGCGAGAGCUUUUAAACAACGACCACCUUGCGGGUUUAAGCGUGGAAUGAAAUUAGAAGCGGUUGAUAAACGCGUGCCUCAACUUAUAAGGGUAGCAACAGUCGAAGACGUAAAAGAUCAUAUGCUAAAAAUACGAUUUGACGGAUGGCCAGAAAAUCAUGCUUAUUGGGUCGACGACGAUUCCCCUGACAUACAUCCCAUGGGUUGGUGUAUGAAAACGGGUCAUCCUUUGGAACCACCAUUAACUCCGGAUAACUUAAAUGACAGGCCUGAGUGUGGAACGUAUGGCUGUAAAGGAAUAGGGCAUGUAAAAGGGCCUAAAUAUGCAACGCAUAACUCUGCAUCUGGAUGUCCGUACUCACCUCAGAAUCUUCAUAAAGUUAGGCAAUUAGCCGAUAGACUUAAUCUGAAGCACGAGACUUGCGACUUUGAAGAUGAUGUACAGGAUAGACCAAAAUUAGAAAAAGCAGACAAAAUAAAAAUGGAAAAGUCUGAGAAAUUGGAGAAGCCAUUGUUUUCGGAGGAACGAUUAAUCAAGACUGAGAAAGACAUUAAACAAGAAGAUGGAGAUUUCUCCGACAAGAAUGACAAAUCAGAAAAUUCGGAAAAGUCUAGUAAAUCGAAACAUCAUCACAGUGACGGACAAACAGAUGAUGACGAACUUUUGAGAAAGAGAAAGAAAAGACGGCAGGUUUCUGAAGAACCUUUAUAUUCCCUUUCGAAUUCGUAUGGUGACUCGUCGCUAACUACUAUACCCUAUGCUGCAAAUAUGCCUGAUAAACAAUUACGUAAAGAAUUGUACCAAUCCGUUUACAAUCCUGGAUAUAAUCCGUUACCGGAUUCGCCGCAUAUAUGGGCGAAACAUAGCAAUGCUUUAAACAGGAUAGUAGCGAAACAGAACACGAAUCCUCGAAGGUGGUCGAACGAAGAAGUUAUCAAAUUUAUACAGAGCGUUCCCAAUUGUAAAGAAGUAGGAAAUAUCUUUAGGCAACACAAUAUUGAUGGUGAAGCAUUUUUAAUGUUGACUCAAGAGGAUUUGAUAUCGCUAUUGGGAUUGCGUCUCGGACCUGCGAUUAAGUUGUACAAUAGUAUAGUUCUUUUACGUCGAAGAGCAACGUGAAUGAUGUGCGAUGAACGCACAUACAGUUGGGUUUUAAAGAGUGCAAAGUGGCAGCUAUUAUGACGAUUGCGUCAGAUGUAUUUAUUUAAAAUAAAGGAGAAGAAGCUUGGAAUCAUUGGGAUAGAAAUGUAUCUUCUAUCGCAAUUAGGAAUAUUGAUUUACAGAUGGAGGGAAAAUUUGUAACAAAUCCUAAUCCGAUGAUACAAAAGACAUUUAUUGAAGUGAAAGAUGAUCGUAUGUUUGAAGUUAAAAUGGACGAUUUUUAUCGAUUUGUGAUCACGAGAUGUAACUACAGCUCGAAUGAACACUCAUGAUGAAGUACUUACGAUUAUCUGUUUUAAUUUUUUUCUUAUACUGUAAAGUGCAUCGAAUCAUGUACAAAUGUAAAUAUUGACGAUCUUAAUAAUUAAAUAUUGUAAUACAAAAA